AUGGAUAAACUUCUCAUCACCAACAAUUACGAUUUUUUCGUUUCUUCAAUGUCAUCAAUUAUCCGGUAUUUACAGAAACGAGCAGAUAACGUUUUCGGGAGUGAGCAAAGUGAUACGUCGAAUGAGGCGAUGAAGCAAGCAACCGCAUCACGAGCAUCAAUGCACAUGACAUGGCUUCUACGUACACAGACUCGGUUGUGCACGGAGUAUCUGCUGGAAGGAGUACCAACGCAGGAUAUGCUGGUAAUGAAAGAACGAGAAAAAGACUGGGCGGACGGUGAUGGUGAUUCUGUAGAUAUAAAUGCUUCGCGAAACAUCGAGUCCAUCGCUACAUUACGACAGAUCGCAAAAAUGUUGGAGCGUUUGCCCAGAGUGGACAAUCGAAGUGUCCUGGAUGUUGUUUUAACUCAGCUUGUUAUCGGUGGUCAGGUGAGUGCACAAAUAAUUAUCAAAUGUUGGCCUUUGUCCGAUUUAAUGGCUAAUUUGCUGGGUUGUCCGCUCGAAACACCACUGUCACCAGAUGCAAUUGAUAUCGUCGUUUUGACACUUCAUGUACCGCCGGGUGGCAUACGUUCCCCGGCCAUUGAUGAGGACGAUCAUCUUCGAGCCAGUUCACUUUCAUCCGGCGGAUGUAUUUCACCACCGAUGAGCACUUCCUCAAAAGAGGAUAACAUGGUGAGCGGUUGA